AUGGUGCGAUUAACGUUGGAGCUUAUUGGUAAAAGCCUUAAUCCAAAGAAUCGCAGAGAGGAAUCUUUCGCCCAACAUCUGAGGAAGCUAACACAUCUGAAAUUAUCUAAUAAAAAUAUAGAUGUCAUUGAUGAUCUUUCUUUGUGUAAAAAUCUUAAUGUCCUAUAUUUAUAUGAUAAUCGUAUUAGACAAAUACAUAAUUUGGACUUUGCGACAAACCUAAGACAUCUGUACCUGCAGAACAAUUGCAUUACACGAAUUGAAAAUCUAACAUCAUUAAUAAGACUUGAAAAAUUGUAUUUGGGCGGUAACUACAUCACUGUAGUGGAAGGCUUGGAAACUUUAGAGGAACUGAGAGAAUUGCAUAUUGAAAGCCAGCAGCUUCCCUUAGGAGAAAAACUCUUGUUUGAUCCAAGAAGUCUUCAUUCAUUAUCAAAGUCUUUAUCAGUUUUGAAUAUCAGCAAUAAUAAUAUUGAUGAACUAAGUGACUUAUCAAUUCUGGAAAAUAUCUCCCACCUUAUAGCAGUUGACAACCAACUUCACCAAAUAAAGGACUUGGAAUUUGUUCUGAGUAUAUGGACUAAGUUAUACAAAAUAGAGCUGAAUGGGAAUCCUGUUUGUCAUAAGCCAAAAUACCGAGACAAAGUAAUACUGCAGUCAAAAUCUCUUGAAUUGCUGGAUGGAAAAGAAAUAAAAGAAAUGGAAAGACAGUUCCUGAUGAAUUGGAAAGCAUCUAGAGAUGCCAGGAAGAAAAACAAAGCAGAAAGCUUCAUUAAUGAGCAUGCAUCGUAUUCACAUUUGGAUGAUAAUGAUGCGGAACAUCUACAUUUUCCUAUUUUCCACUUCCCAGUCUCCAGAGAAAAAGCAAAUUUUGCUAUUUCGUCUGAAAUACACAAACCUCCUCAUAAUAAAGAAUCCCAGCCGACAGUAUAUGAAGAAAACAGAAAUAGUGAAAAAAUCAGCCAUUCGGCCUUGAAAGCUUCUCAAAGUGUACAGAAGCAGCUAUUUGAACCUCAUCUCCUUAGACAAAUGCCUCUCUAA